AUGUUCACUGUAAAGAACGCAAAAGAGCAACUUCUUUCCCAGGGAGAUUCGUCAACUCUGACGAGCCCUGAGGAAUCAUUUUCUAUUAUAGACCAACGUCAUUAUACUCCUUCGACACGUGUUCUAAAUGCACAUACGCCUUUACUAGACGAACGUGAAGAUCUGGAAUUUACUCCCACUUGGACUAUCGAGCUACCACAAGCUACAACCUCAAAUUUAUUACAGCCACCAGUGAAAGUAGAAGCAGAGGUAGAGAAACCUUCUCCGGCACUGUAUUUGAAAUUUGAAAAACACGAAGUAGAACAUUUUAGUUCUUUACCUACAGAAGUCGAAGAAUUGAUGCGUUCUGCUGAAGUAUAUGACGGUAUAUUGAGCUGUACUACUGGUUAUGCUGCAGUGGUGACUAGCUCAUGCUGCUACGUUUGGGACUACAAAAAAGAUCACGAUAAACAACCUCUUAAGCGGCCUGACACUGUCUAUAAGUUUCAAAUGCCUUCUUGUGAUGGUGAACUGAUCGAUUCAGAUAAACUUCCUCUGGUAUGCUUAAUUCCCUCAGCCGAAGGUUCAAAACCGGGGCUACUGGCGUGCACACCUAAAGGAGAGUUUCGUUAUUGGGAAGAUAUAUCGUAUGCCAUGACAGAGGCUGAACGUUACAAGGGGUUAAAAUUAUAUCUUCAAGAUGAUGAUCAAGGGAUAUAUCUAGCAUGUCAUGAAACAAAGGGAUCAUCUCGUGAAAAUUGUGUAAUAAUAUUUGGUACAGAACAUGUGGCUUUAUACCGCAUUCAUGUUUGCCAACCGGAUGGCAAACAAACACUUAUUUCUUCUUCAAUUUCUCGUCCUGGAGGAUUUAUCGGGCAAUUAAGCUCGUAUCUUUGGCAAAGUGGAAAAUUUGACGAUGGAGGGAUUGUUUCAACAACUUUAGGUGCUAAAUUGGAAAAAUGGAUUCUUCCGGGAGCACGUAUUGCACCAAAGUAUAAAUUCUGUCAAGAUAUUCAUAGCAUUAUUGCCCAGGAGGUUUAUAUUAGUGAUGGUAUUUUCGAAUCAAAUCCAUUAGAUGUUGAACUAUUAGACAUUGAAUACGCAAAAAAUGGCGAAUUGGUAAUUCUUGUGUCCCAUCUUCCUAGCUCAAACCAAUCCGAGUCCGGCCAGAAUAAAGAUUUAACAUAUUUCUUGGUAGUAUUGAACGGGAUUGAUCAAGAAUCAAAUAGUGGGCAAUAUAAUGUCAUUAAAUGUCAUCCAUUAAGAGUCCAUAGUAAUGUAUCACUUGGACCAAAAGCGAAUUUAGUUAUGCCUAAUGGUGGACCUGGUGCUUUUGUGGUUUUCCCUCAAGCUAUAAUUGUUACAACUAUUUUGAAAGAUGUAAACUAUACAAAUAUCAUAACUAUGUGUGACCCAAUGUAUGAUGUAAUAAUUGGAUUUUGUGCUGAGGGAUCAAAGUCAUGGCAUCCUAGGGAUACUAUUGAUGAUAUUAGUGAAAUGCACAUUUUAACAACCAAAACUGGUGUCAUGAGUUGUCGUCUAAAUGUUUCAGAAAUAAUUGAGGAAAAUGCGUCCUUACAAUCUCCUGAACAAAUGGAUAUUGAAGAUUCUCAGGCUAAGAGAAAUCGAGAAUUAAAAUUUACAAUUGAGCAGGCAAUUUUUCGUAAAAAUGACUCCAAUGUCCCUGUUUUCUGCACUUUACCACCAGAUUUUAAAGGCGACAUCAAUAAAGUAGUUCUCGAAAUUAGUGAUGAAAUAUUAGAUUCUCGAUCACAAUAUUUAGAUGAAUCAAUUGAUCUCAAGUCACAAUUGCAUGAGAGAUAUAAUAAAAUGGCUUCGCUUAUUCAGUUCAUUCACAACAGUAAGGCUGUUGACAAGCUACACCCAUCCACUCGACAGCGGUUGUUUUGGAAUGCGGAAAAGAUGGCUUGUGUUAAAAGGUUAUGGAGUCAUCACAAUGCAUCUUAUUUCACUACACAGGACGGGGCUGAGGGACUUUGUCGAAAAUUAUUAAAUAGUGCGAUACAUGAAUAUUUUCAAGACCGUAAUUUUCAACCCUCCCAGAAUGAAGACUUAGCUAGGUUUUUUUAUCGAUUUCGCGUUCGAGAUCUUGGUACUAUCUUCACUUACAUUCAACGUGUAAUAGAGAAUUAUAUGGAAAUUGAUGACCGUCAUAUGCUGGUUUUUGAGGCAAAUACCAUUAUAUUGCUUGCUUUUGAGGCGGCCUUCGAUUUUAGAAGAAUGAAUAAAGAAUUAUAUGCAAUUACGUCUAACGAAUCAAAAGACUCUUGGACAUUUCAACCUGAGCUUUUGAAAGUUCUUCAUCAACAGUUUGAGGAUACUGAUGAGGCUAUUCGAAGCUUCACAGUUUUGCAUUCUAGUCAGACAGCUAAUGAUUCCCUUCAAUAUAUGAGUCAAGAUGUUAAUGAUUAUAACAAAAUUCAAACGAAAGACACAAGAGUUGAAAUGCUCAAAGAUCAAAUGGUUAAUUUAGCGGAUGUACUACUUGGAGUUACUACAGAGCGAUUAAUUUGGUAA